AUGUCGGCAUCACCAGCUCUCAUCCAGCUCUUGAAGCAAGUCAUUCCCCAGGAAGACCGAUCGUCCCUUCGUAGCGAUGUCAUCCCCGCAAUCCUGGACGCCAUUUCCGGCAUCGCCAAGACGUUGCACGCAUCCCAGCACGUCUCGCUCGCCGGCACAGCGAAUGCCUUUGGUGACGACCAGCUCAACGUCGACGUUCUCUCCGAAAACGUGAUGCGCGAAGCGAUUGCGAAAUGCCCGUCGAUUCACACCGCGAGCAGCGAGGAGGACCCGGUCGAGAAGCCGGCGAGGCCACAGGCGAGUACCGGGAUAAACGAGACCCCUGCCACGUCGGAGGAGUACACCGUUGCAUUCGAUCCCCUCGACGGCAGCUCCAUCAUCGCGCCCAACUGGACAGUCGGAACGAUCGUCGGCAUCUGGGAUGGCCGGACCGCGGUGGGCCAGUUGCCGGCCAAAAGGCAAAUCGCGGCUAUCAUGGGUGUCAUCGGACCCCGGACCACCGCCAUCGUGGCCGUGCGGAUCCCCGGCGCCGACUCCGCUUGCUUCGAGAUCGGGUACGGCCCGAACGGCGUCACGGAUUGCGAGAUCAUCCGUCCGGUGGUGAAAUUGGCCGACGGACCUUUCAAGACGCGGUACUUUGCGCCCGCGAACCUCCGGCACGCGGCGGAUGACGAGAGGUACAGCGCUCUCAUUACGCGGUUUAUCAAGGAGAAGUACACGCUGCGGUACUGCGGCGGCCUUGUCCCUGACAUUGUGCAUGCCCUUGUCAAGGGCCAUGGCGUCUACGUUAUGCCUGUUACACCAGGCGUCCUGCCCAAGCUUAGGUUCCUGUACGAGCUGUACCCGAUUGCUCUGAUCGUGGAGUGCGCGGGUGGUCGGGCUAUUGACCCCACGGACGGCAGGCCGCUCCUUGAGAAGAUUGCGAAGGAUUGUGAUGGGAGAGCAGGUCUGAUUUGCGGCACGGCGGAGGAGGUGAAUAUUGUAAAGGAGAUUCUUCUUGGAUGA